AUGUCUACUAAUCUUGAAGAUGUGCCAAUCGAAGUUUCCAAAGUAUUUGACACCAUCUUGGUGUUGGACUUUGGUUCCCAAUAUUCCCAUUUAAUCACUCGUCGUUUGAGAGAGUUUAAUGUCUACGCCGAAAUGUUGCCAUGUACUCAAAAGAUUUCGGAAUUGUCUUGGAAACCAAAAGGUAUCAUCUUAUCAGGGGGUCCAUAUUCUGUCUAUGCUGAAGAUGCCCCACAUGUUGAUCACGAUAUUUUCAAAUUGAAUGUUCCAAUUUUGGGUAUUUGCUACGGUAUGCAAGAGUUGGCUUGGAUCAAUGGUAAAGGUGUUGCUAGAGGUGAUAAAAGAGAAUAUGGUCCAGCCACUUUGCGUGUUGAAGAUAAGGAAUGUUCAUUGUUUAAAGAUAUUGAUCACUCACAAGUUUGGAUGUCACAUGGUGAUAAAUUACAUGCAUUACCAUCUGGCUUCAAAGUAGUAGCUACUUCAGAUAACUCUCCAUACUGUGGUAUCUCCAAUGAAACUGAAAAAAUUUAUGGUAUUCAAUUCCAUCCAGAAGUCACCCACACCUUGCAAGGUAAGCAAUUGUUGAAAAAUUUUGCUGUUGAUAUUUGUCAAGCUCAAACCAACUGGAGUAUGGAAAACUUUGUUGACACAGAAAUUGCUAGAAUAAGAAAGUUGGUUGGACCAACUGCCGAAGUUAUUGGUGCCGUCUCUGGUGGUGUUGAUUCAACUGUUGGUGCCAAGAUUAUGAAAGAAGCUAUUGGUGACAGAUUCCAUGCUAUCUACGUCGACAAUGGUCUCAUGAGGUUAAAUGAAACUGAAAGUGUGAAAAAGACCUUGGACGAAGGCUUGGGUAUCAACUUGACUGUGGUUGAUGCAGGUGAUUUGUUCCUUGGAAGAUUAAAGGGAGUCACUGACCCUGAAAAAAAGAGAAAGAUUAUUGGUAACACUUUUAUCAAUGUUUUUGAGGAGGAAGCUGCUAAAAUCAAGCCACAUGAUGGUUCAGAAGUUGAGUACCUCUUACAAGGUACUUUGUACCCUGAUGUCAUCGAAUCCAUUUCUUUCAAAGGUCCAUCCCAAACUAUCAAAACCCAUCACAAUGUUGGUGGUUUAUUAGAAGAUAUGAAGUUGAAAUUGAUUGAACCCUUGAGAGAAUUAUUCAAAGAUGAAGUUCGUCAUUUGGGUGAAUUAUUGGGAGUUCCACAAGAUUUGGUCUGGAGACACCCAUUCCCUGGUCCAGGUUUAGCAAUCAGAGUUCUUGGUGAAGUUACCAAGGAACAAGUUAAAAUCGCUCGUGAAGCUGACGCCAUUUUCAUUGAAGAGAUUAAAAAGGCUGGUUUGUAUAGACAAAUCUCACAAGCUUUCGCUGCUUUGUUGCCAGUUAAAUCAGUUGGUGUUAUGGGUGACCAAAGAACUUAUGAACAAGUUAUUGCUUUGAGAGCUAUUGAAACUGUUGAUUUCAUGACCGCUGAUUGGUUUAUUUUUGAUGCAGCAUUUUUAAAGAGAGUUGCAUCUAGAAUUGUUAACGAAGUCGAUGGUGUUGCCCGUGUCACCUACGAUAUCACUUCUAAGCCACCUGCUACUGUCGAAUGGGAGUAG